GAAAUCAGUUUACAUUUGUCUGCAGAUCGUACAACACACACAAACACUUUGAGAUGAAGUUCGUGGCCAUUCUUUUGCUGUGCAGCCUGACCAUUGCGAUGGUUGUGGCAUUUCCUGAUAACGACGAUAAAAGUGUUCUUGUGCCAGUUAAUAUGCAGCAUGUUGCUGCACUGGCCGCAGCAGCAGAUCCUCCGACAUCGGCAGACCAAGUCUCUAACAGCAUACGCGGGCCACGUCAUCUCCUGAGCAAGCUGUUCCAGCCCAAGACGGUGGUGGUGCAGCCGGUGAUUGUGGAGCAGGUGGCUCCAAGACAGUAUCCCGGUUAUGCACAGCCCUAUCCAUACUACAACCAGGGCGGACGCUACUGGUAGACCGAUAGAUAGAUUGGUAUUUUAAGCAGCUAUUUGUAACUGAAUUUAAUAAAAUAAAGACGCCUGGCCUUUAAGUCAAAGAUUAA